CUCUUGUCGGGGAGCGCAGUGAUGCAGGCCCGACGGUUCGUCGAUCUCGGUCGACGUUUGCUCGCCUCUUCCCGUCCUGCCCUCUACCCCCUCCCUCCGGAAUGCCUCCGAUCAGUGGCGUUCCCCGUGAACCCCUCCAGCCUCAAGCCUGUUUGCGCUGACGUGCUUCCCCCAGCUCUCCGCAACCGGCCGCCAGGUUUAGAGUUUUAUCCUUCCUCUCAUCUCCUUUUGGCGAUGCAAGCUCGUUUUUAUGCGGCAAAGGAAAGAUCCAGAGCCCCGCUCACGCCAGUUACUUCUAAAGUGAAGAAAUACAAGCUCAAGUCUUACUCGACUUUUAAGUUCAGAUUUAGGACCAUGAACGAUGGACAAAUACGGAGAUGGAGGGCUGGAAAGCGGCAUAAUGCACACUUGAAGUCAAAGAAGGCAAAACGGAGACUCAGGAGACCUGAGAUUGUGCAUGCAGCUUAUGCAAAGGUUAUGAAGAAGCUGAACUUUUGUGCUUAGGACCGAAAAGCGUGAUUAUUCUUCUGACAAAGAUUGUGCUUCGAUUAGUAACCCUCAGGUUGUCUCAAUGCAACAUAUCCGGGCCAAGUUUAGCAUUCAGCUGCUUAAAGAUCCAGGACUUGGAAUCAUAACCACCCUCAGGUUGUCCCUGGGCUUUUUCUUAUUUGAGAGGGAAACAAUUAAGCAGCAGACUGUCAUUUUGUCUUAUAUUCCUGGUAAUUGAAACAAGUCCUUGUUCUUUAGUAAUUUGAUUGCAAUGUGAAUUGACAUAAACUUACAUAUAGUCUGACUGUGUAAGCAUCAUAAUGCAAUAAGUGUUGACGUUGGACUCA